UGUGUUUUCAAUCAUACACAGCUAACGGGAAGUUAUGGCAGAGAUAGCAAGCGCUGCUGCACAGAUAUCUUUUUUGAGUGUUAUAAUUGCUCGAUUUAAUUUGUUAUUGCUACAUAUUUUGAAUUAUUAGUUACCGAAGCUUCUGAAACAUCGGGGCAGUAUCCCAGAAUGUUCUCCGUGCAACCUUCAACUUGUGUGACUCAGCAGGCUCCUGCCCUAUAGCAGCAGUUCCUCAGGCCUCAACCCCCUGCACUGAGACAGGUGGGAGCCAAUCUGCCAGUUCCUACCUUUUUCUGCUGAACACAGACUCCGUCCUGAGUGGUCAUGGUGUCCAGACCAGGAGACAUUCCAGCCCUGGAGGCAGGGUCCGGGGGGAGCGAGGGUCUGUUGGGGGGCAUGUCUAUCCCCAUGGGGAUGACUCGUCGAGCCCUGAACUACGAUGACAACCUGGAGCGGCCCAUGUCUCCACCCACUGACAUCAACAUCACCAACCUAUGGAGGAGGCCCAUCAUUCCCGAGAGGAAGUUCUCCCGACUGGCUGAGGAGGCUGAAUCAGACAACACUGUAAAUAACACCUCUCCACUUGAUCCCAUCCAUCCUCCAGCUCCUGUGGUGAAAGCCAAAGCUUCUUCAGUGCUCAAGAACUCCCUCAUCAUUAAGCAGACCCACGAGAGCAUGCAGAGUUUUGAGAAGAGAGCAGGCCUCACUGACACAGUCUACACACCACACAAGGGCCUGGCUGCUGAAGAAACACACUACCACUGCAUGUCUCAGUCGAUGCAGAAAUUGCACAUGCAUAGUGUUGACUUUAAAGAGGAGAAGCAGUCAUCCUCUGCUCAGUCAACACCAACCGGAACUCCUCAGUCGUCCCCCAAACAGAAGCGCAGGAGCUGGUUCAGCAGCCAGGGCUCAGUGGCCUCCCUUACAGGCUCAGAGCUCAGCUCCAGCUCUAGUUCCAGCAUGGAUCUGGGAUCCAGCGAGGGAGCUGUGGAGCGCUGGGGUAUUUUUGGACUACGCCCUCCGGUCCACAAGUCCAUCACUGACCCGGGAACAGACCACAGCACAGCAGGGGGCUUUGCAUUGCAGUCCUAUAAGGGUGCUCAGAAGCCCACUCCCAUGGAGGUGAUGAAGGCUCAGGCCACUCGGCUGGCUGAGGACCCCGCCACCUUCAAAGCUCCACCCAAGAUGGAGAUUCCCAGCGUGGAUGGCAAGAAGCAGGUGACGCGGCCCCACAAGCUCAAACCGCGCGACAUGAACGUUCUGACACCGUCAGGUUUCUGAGAACCCAAACCAGACACACCACACAUUUCAGCAGUGCACGCUCAAAGCAUGUAGCUGGACUACCCUGCUUAUAUCCUUUUUUAGUUUUUUGUUUUUUCCCCCCUUCCCUGUGCUUAAAAACAGUCAUGAUUCAUAAUGACAGUUUUCCUCUUGUGUCUUGUGUAAAUGUUAAGCCUCGGAUUAAGACUGUGUAAUGAGGUGCCAUGUUUUUUUUUUUUGUUUUGCCCCACCCCGAGUUUUCUUCCUUGUGCGUCAGCCCUUUUAUGUGUGUACCACUAGUAUAUCAUUUUUGUCUUGAGUGUAUGUUUCUUUUAUUCAAAAAAAAAAAAGUAAAAUUACCUCUGAUUUACCUCUUUAAUCCACACUGCACAAGCUUCAUGUUCUAGCUGUAAUCAUUGUUUGUGUAUGUUCCAUAGUUCAGCAGUGAAUUUUCUACCUUCUAACUUGCUGUAACAUCAUGGUGGCUCUGUGGUUGUACAAUGUCUCUGAAUAUGUCUCAAAGAAAUUCAAGGUAUCUUUAGACUACUUUUGCCGUUGUAGUGUCACACAUGAUCCACAAGAAGGCACUAAUUUUCUUUGGUGUAGUAUUCAUUUUUAGUGUUUAAUGUUGAUGUAGCAGCUCUAUAUUAGAGAAGUGUUUUAAUUAUUUGUUUAAAAUUACUGUUACAGCUCAAGAAGUUCAAUCUGUAAAUAAACCCAAAGACAAGUUU